CUUGCACUGGCGCCCGCCUCGUUGCAGUCUAAUAUUCUAACCACAAUUCUUGCGACGACUGACUCACUCGGUAAUUUACCACAGACACCAGGACAAAGUCAGAGAACGCGCACAUCGGGAAAUCUCAAUGGAAUAUUAGAGUCAUUACGUGACUUACAACUCGCACUGAACAAUCACCUGGUCAGCAAUCCCUGCAUCCACGCAAGUCCAACGGGCCGCAGAACUCCCCAUCCUCCCAAGCCGCCUUUCCUCCCAGCCAUUGACUGCCAGGGACAAUCUCUCUUCCCCCUCCAAGAUGGCAACUCCCACAGAUGAGCCCGGCCAGCCGCCCAAGUUGACCACCGCUGCAUUGGCCGAACAAGCUCCUGCUCAGCCCGUCGAACAAAAGAUUACUCCUUUCGAAGUGUCUGGCGGUGUCGAUGCAUCAGGCAAAUUGUUGCCCGUCGACUAUGGGAAACUCACCCAACAAUUUGGCGCCACUCCUAUCACGCCGGAACUUUUGGAGAGAUUUGAGAGGGCAACGGGCAAAAAGCCACAUCGGUUCAUGAGACGGGGAAUUGUCUUCUCACAUCGAGAAUUGGAGAAAAUCCUGGACAGAUAUGAAAAAGGCGAGCCCUUCUUCCUCUAUACCGGCCGAGGGCCCAGUAGUGACAGCAUGCAUGUUGGUCACUCGGUGCCGUUCGAGUUUACAAAGUACCUUCAAGAUACAUUUGACUGCCCUCUGGUCAUCAUGUUAACAGACGACGAGAAGUUUAUGCAUUCCAAGAAGAUCACAAUCGCAGACGCAAAAAGAUUUUCCAGAGAGAACGCCAAAGACAUUAUUGGCAUUGGGUUUGAUCCGGCAAAAACCUUCAUCUUCUCAGAUCUCGAGUUUGUCGGCGGCGCGUUCUACGAGAACGUUUGUUCUAUGGCCAAACGUAUUACCUUCAACCAGAUUCAAGGCACUUUUGGCUUCGAUGGCGAAAACAAUAUUGGCGAGAUCUUCUUCUGUGCCAUUCAGUCUGCGACCUCCUUCGCCACAUCAUUCCCUCACAUCUUUGGAGACAACGAAGCCAAAGUCCGCAACAUCCCUUGCCUUAUUCCCUGUGCCAUUGACCAGGACCCGUAUUUCCGCCAAUGUCGUGCCAACGCCGAAAAGAUGAAGUUCAAGAAACCUUCCAUCAUCCACUCCAUCUUCCUGCCAGCUCUUCAAGGACCAGGCUCAAAAAUGUCAGCCAGUAUCGAUGCCUCGGCCAUUUUCUUGACCGACACUCCUAACCAGAUCAAGAACAAGAUCAAUAAAUUUGCCUUUUCAGGUGGACGAGAGACCGUGGAGAAACACCGUGAGCUUGGAGGCGACACCAAAGCCGAUGUUCCUUUCCAGUAUUUGACCUUCUUUAUGGAAGACGACGACGAGCUAGCCCGAAUCAAAAAGGCCUACGAGUCAGGGGAGAUGUUGACUGGCGAGAUCAAGCAAAUCUGCAUCAAAUAUCUACAAGAAUAUGUGGCAGCCUUCCAAGCAAGACGGAAACUGGUCACCGAGGAAGUCAGACUCGACUUUUUCAGCCGGAAGCCUCUCACAUACCAGGGCAACCCAAAUCCGAGCAAAGCGGAAACGAAGGAGACUGGCAAGAAGGCUGCUGCCCCUGUCCCGACACAGACUCCUCCACAAGUUGCUCAGCAGGACGACGCAGCCGGAGCAUCAAAUCCAACAGAAAGCAAAGGACAUUCUAAGAGAAUGAGCGUUGGCCAGGCCAAGGUGGACAUUGAAAACCAAGUCACAAUCAGCCCGAAUGGCGAGGCAAAGACCCAUAUCAAGAAAUUGAGUAUGGCCAAAGUUGAAGAUUGACACCAAUUUUGUAGACCGGACAAAUGAAGAAUGAGAGUUAUUAUGGCAAUAGUCCAAUAAGAUUUAGUUGGAGGAUUAUCACGUCGAGACAAUCUGCGAAGUUCUAGAGUAUGGUUACCCAUCCCCAUAGAAAUGCAAGUAUAUUCGCUUGCAUGGCCUCAAAUCAAAGCGACCCGAGCUUUAAAGAACCCCCG